AUGGAGGGAGGCAUUGAAAAAGCAGACAAAACUGAAUUUAAAGAAUGCUUUAAUUUGACAAGGAAACGACCAUACAUUCUUCGCCUUGCAUUUUCUGCUGGUAUUGGAGGACUGCUGUUUGGAUAUGAUACAGGUGUUAUUUCUGGAGCACUUCUCUACAUCCGAGAUGAUUUUAAACAAGUUGACAGAAGCACUAUCCUGCAGGAAACUAUUGUUAGCAUGGCUGUUGCUGGAGCUAUCAUCGGUGCAGGAUUCGGUGGAUGGAUGAAUGAUAGAUUUGGCAGGAGACCCGCCAUAUUAGUCGCUGACGUCUUGUUCUUCAUCGGUGCUAUAGUCAUGGCUAUUGCUCCAAUUCCAGGAAUUAUUAUUCUUGGAAGAAUCUUUGUCGGUCUCGGAGUUGGCAUGGCUUCCAUGACGUCUCCGCUUUACAUAUCUGAGGCUUCUCCUGCUAAAAUCAGAGGUGCUCUUGUUAGCACAAAUGGGUUAUUAAUCACUGGAGGGCAGUUCUUAUCAUACCUUAUCAACUUGGCAUUCACCAAGGCACCUGGAACUUGGCGUUGGAUGCUUGGAGUUGCCGGUCUUCCUGCACUUGUUCAGUUUAUACUCAUGUUGAUGCUUCCCGAAUCGCCUAGGUGGCUUUAUAGAAAGGAUCGAAAAGAGGAAGCUGUGAACAUCCUUAGGAAAAUAUACCCUGCCGAUGAAGUCGACAGGGAGGUUGAGGCCUUGCACUUGUCAAUUGAAGCAGAAAUUGCCGAGGAAGGUCCUGUUGGAGAAGCUGGCUUUGCUACAAAGCUCCGAAGUGCAUUUGGCAGUGUUGUCGUUCGCAGAGGGCUUGCUGCUGGAAUUCUGUGUCAAGUUGCUCAACAAUUUGUCGGUAUAAACACUGUAAUGUAUUACAGCCCGACAAUCGUCCAACUAGCUGGGUUUGCUUCAAACAGCACAGCCUUGGCUCUUUCACUAAUAACCUCCGGCCUCAAUGCCGCAGGGUCUAUUGUUAGUAUCUUCUUUGUGGACAGAAUGGGGAGGAGAAGGCUUCUCCUUAUCAGUUUAGUCGGAAUUGUCAUAUGUCUUGCCUUAUUGAGCGGUGUAUUCUUCGGAGCUGCAGCACAUUCUCCUCCGGUCAGUGCAACAGAGUCUCGCUUUGCCGGAAACAGUACAUGUCCUGAUUUUCAUCCAGCUUCCGGCAUGAAAUGGAACUGUGUGAAAUGCUUGAAAGCUCCCUCUGAUUGUGGUUUCUGUGCUCAUGCAGGCAAUAAACUUCUUCCUGGUUCAUGCUUAUUGGUGAAUGACAUGGUGAAGGACACAUGCAAGGCAAAUCAUCGGGAAUGGUACACUCGAGGGUGUCCGAGCAAUUUCGGAUGGCUGGCUCUUAUCGCUCUCGCUGCAUACAUUAUCUCAUUUUCUCCGGGCAUGGGUACGGUCCCCUGGAUAAUUAAUUCAGAAAUAUAUCCUCUAAGAUUUAGAGGCAUUUGCGGCGGUAUGGCUGCGGUUGCAAACUGGGUUUCCAAUCUUAUCGUCGCGCAAACAUUCCUUAGUUUAACAGAAGCUCUUGGCUCUGCGGCGACAUUUCUGUUAUUCUGCUGUAUAUCUGCUCUUGCAUUCUUCCUCAUCUUCUUCAUUGUGCCUGAAACUAAAGGACUUCCAUUUGAAGAAGUGGAGAAGAUGCUUGAGAGGAAAGGAUAUAAGCCUUGGAAGAGUUGGAAGACUGCUCCUGCUCAAGUUCAAGGUCAUUGAUUUUUUUUUUUUUUAAUAAGUCAUUGGAUUUCUUUUAUAAUGUCAUCUAUAAAAUCUUGAUUGACUUGCCUAAAUAAAAAGCAGUUGAUUUUAAUCA